UUGCAUAAGUUUACCAUUAUCUGUCCACAGACAAAGUGGUUGGCAAUAUUCCAUGGUCAUUUUUAUUGGGUUGAAUUUCAUUAUUUUCGUUGGUAUCAGCAUUGGACAGUUUCUGAUUAUCUUGGAAGUAAAUAAAUCUGGAAAAAAUAGCCAAGCCUCCAACUGUCGCCGAAGGGAAAUAGCACUAGCCAAGUCUGUCGUUGCCGUGGUCAUCACUGAUCUUCUGUGCUGGGUACCUAUAGGAAUUAUUGGUAUGCUGACGUUUUAUGGUAUUGACGUUUCACUGGAAGUCUACGCCUGGAUCAUAGUGCUCGUUUUACCGGUGAAUUCUGCUAUUAACCCAAUACUUUAUACUCUGUCGGCCAUCAUACGAGAAAGGGGACGGCGAAGGGUACUUGAAAGUAAUAUGCUGAGAAGAAUUCAAAUGCUCACCAGUGAGAAUGAUCGCCUCAAACAGCGAAGACAGUCUUAAAGACUACCAAGGUUGUUUAAAGAGACUCCGCAUAAUGGAAAAUUCCUUCUUUGAGUAAAACA